GCUCGUUCUGGUGCCGCCAUGGCCGAGAUUGCUCCCGCCGCCGCCCCGGCCCCCGCCGCCAAGAAGCCGAAGAAGGCGGCGAGCGGCUCCAAAGCCCGCAAGCCCGCGGGGCCCAGCGUCACCGAGCUGAUCACCAAGGCCGUGUCCGCCUCCAAGGAGCGCAAGGGGCUCUCCCUGGCCGCGCUCAAGAAGGCGCUGGCCGCCGGCGGCUACGAUGUGGAGAAGAACAACAGCCGCAUCAAGCUGGGGCUCAAGAGCCUCGUCAGCAAGGGCACCCUGGUGCAGACCAAGGGCACCGGCGCCUCCGGCUCUUUCCGCCUCAGUAAGAAGCCCGGAGAAGUGAAGGAAAAAGCUCUCAAGAAAAGGGUGCCUGCAGCUAAGCCCAAGAAGCCGUCGGCCAAGAAGCUCGCCAGUGCUGCCAAGAAUGUGGUGACAGCAAAGAAGAGCUCCAAAAAAGUUAAACCUGCAGCCAAGAAAGCAGCCAAAAGUCCCAAGAAGGUGACAAAGGCUGUCAGGCCCAAGAAACCGGUGGCAGCAGCAAAGAGCCCGGCUAAGGCAAAAGUGAUGAAGCCCAAGGCAGCCAAGCCGAAAGCGGCCAAGGCAAAGAAGGCGGCCCCCAAGAAGAAGUAAGCCCCACGUGGAAAUAACCUUGCUUCGGAUUUAAACCCAACGGCUCUUUUAAGAGCCACCUUAAUUUUGCUGAACGGGCUGAAAGGCUGUGGCUGCCCACGGUUUGGGGAGGAUGAAGCGGGGAGGUUUAUGGGGGCAGUGACUACUGCUCAAUGUGCUAUUUGAGUGCGGGACAAACUCGAGGGGUUGAAUUGGUAGGGAGAGAAUAGCAGGGACCGCUUCUAUCCCCGCCCCAGAAGAUAGCCUGGGGU